CUUCCUGCCCGGCUGAGCUGCGCCGAGUGAGGUGACGGUGCUUCCACAUCGGGAUGAGUUUGAGAAGCAGAGGGGGACUCAUCCUGGUCGGCAUGUGGAGCAUUGCGGCUCCUCGCUGCUCAAUUUGAGGUCGUUUGAGAGCGAAGGCGGAUUUUGAGUGGAAAUGAGUAACAGUGUUGGAUCCAGAACAGAAGGCAUGGAUGGAUCAGUCGCCAUGUCCAACGGACCGGUCUUGCCCUCCGAUGGCUCAACUGGUUCCUCGCUCGGCCCGUUGCCGGAGGAGCCAGCCGGCGGGCCGCAGUCAUCCCUGACAGACGUCACGGAUAUGUGGGUGAAAUUCGGCAAGACAUUCGCUGCCAUCCUGCCCAUCUACAUCCUGGGCUACUUGGAGUUCAGCUUCAGCUGGGUACUGAUUGGACUGGCUGCCUUAUUUUACUGGAGACGAGCCCACGGCAGCAAGGACUACAGGAUCAACCGUGCCCUGGCCUUCCUGGAGCAUGAGGACAAAGUGGUCAAGCAAACUCUGCCCACCACUGAGCUACCGUCAUGGGUUCAUUAUCCAGAUGUGGAGCGAGUCGAGUGGCUCAAUAAGACGGUGAAGCAGAUGUGGCCGUUCAUCUGCCAGUUCGUGGACAAGCUGUUCAGAGAGAGCAUCGAGCCGGCGGUACAGGGGGCAAACCCGUAUCUCAGCUCCUUCUGCUUCUCCAAGAUUGACAUGGGCGACAAGCCACUAAGGGUGAACGGUGUGAAAGUUUACACAGAGAAUGUGGACAAGAGGCAGGUCAUCAUGGACAUGCAAAUCAGUUUUGUGGGCAACACGGAGAUUGACGUAGACAUCAAGAAGUAUUACUGCAGGGCUGGAAUCAAGAGCAUCCAGCUUCACGGCGUGAUGCGUGUUGUGAUGGAGCCACUCCUUGGAGACAUGCCUCUCAUUGGCGCACUCUCCGUCUUCUUCAUCAAGAAACCUCUUCUAGACAUCAACUGGACAGGCUUAACCAACUUGCUGGACAUUCCUGGGAUCAAUGGUUUGUGCGACAACCUGAUCCAGGAUAUCAUCUACAGCUUCCUGGUGCUCCCCAACCGCAUCACUAUCCCUCUUGUGGGCGAGGCCCAGCUGGACCACCUCCUAUUCCCCGUGCCUAAAGGCAUCCUGCGGAUCCAUUUCAUUGAGGCCCAGGACCUUUUGGGCAAGGACAAGUUCUUGGGUGGUCUCAUCAAGGGCAAGUCAGACCCCUAUGGAGUUAUCCGGGUGGGCAACCAGCUCUUCCAGAGCAAAGUCAUCCACGAGACAGUCAACCCCAAGUGGAACGCCGUGUAUGAGGCUGAAGUCAUGGACCCCACCGGACAGAAUCUGGAGGUCCAGUUGUAUGACGAAGACACAGACAAAGACGAUGUGCUGGGAAGCGUGACUAUCGACUUGGGCGAGUUGGCCAAGGAGCAGAAGGUGGACGAGUGGUUUAGUCUGGAUGGUGUGGCUUCGGGGAAGUUGCAUUUGAAGCUGGAGUGGUUGUCCCUGCUGUCCUCGCCCGACAAGCUGGACCAGGCUCUGUCCAGCAUCCGCGCUGACCGCGGCAAAGCCAAUGACGGCCUCUCGUCCGCGCUGCUGGUCGCUUUCUUGGACUCUGCGAGAAACUUGCCGGCCGGGAAAAAAGUGACCAGUGAUCCGAGUCCGUUUGUCCAGCUCCGAGUGGGUCACAAGUCCCAUGAGAGCAAGACGCGCUACAAGACCAACGAGCCGGUGUGGGAAGAAGCUUUCUCCUUCUUGGUCCACAACCCCAGGAGUCAAGAGCUGGAGGUUGAGGUGAAAGAUGCCAAACACGACAACUGUACCUUGGGAACGCUGGCCCUGCCUCUGAGCCGCAUGCUGGAGGCCGAAGACAUGACACUCAACCAGCAGUUUCCUCUCAGGAACUCUGGACCCAGCUGCACUCUCAAGAUGAAGAUUGCUCUGCGGGUACUGUGCCUAGAAAAAGAUGCAUCUUCCGGCUUUGAGCCGAACCAGGCCUUGUCCGAACUCAAGUCCAGUUCCACCAGCCCGACGCCACGCAUGUCCGUGUCCUCGGACUUCGCCAUGGACAUUCCGCGCUCGUCCUCGGUGUCAGCUCACGACGCCCUGAGGCGCCGUCGGGAGGCCGAGGAGGAGCAUCAGCUGGAGGGUCGGUUGAAGGGGGGCAGCCUGGCCGAGAGGGGCCGCAGUUCGUCCCAUGUGGCCAUCUUGGGGUCCCAGCACUUCCUGGACGGAGGGAAGGAGGCCACGCCCAGCAUCGCCUCUGACAUCUCUAACCCAUACGCCGCUCAAGAAUUGCAGCAGAGACUCCAGCAGAUGCAAAAUGGUUCUGGACCCAACUACUUCCCCCUGGGGGAGAUCCAGCUGACGGUGAGACAUAGCUCACAGAGAAACAAGCUGGUGGUGAUGGUGCAUGCUUGCAGGAACCUGAUCUCGUUCAGCGACCACGGGUCGGACCCUUAUGUCCGGCUCUACUUGCUCCCUGACAAGAGGCGGUCGGGAAGGAGGAAAACUCACACAUUCAAGAAAACACUCAACCCCGUUUAUAAUCAGACCUUCGAGUUCAGCGUGUCCCUGGUGGAGCUCCACAGGAGAACACUUGAUGUGGCCGUCAAGAACAGUGGAGGGCUGCUGUCGAAGCACAAGGGGCUUCUGGGAAAGGUGCUGGUGAAUUUGAGCCAUGAGGACAUUGCCAAGGGCUGGACACAAUGGUAUGAGCUGACUGAAGACGGCCACAACAAGCCUCAUCAGCUCUAAAGUCUUCGCCGUCAUCAUCAUCAUCAUCCCGAUCACUUCGGCAUCAUUCUAAUCUUCACGUUUUGUGCGACUUUCCUUUCCGAACAAACAAAAACAAGCAGCUUCACCGUUGAAUGGCAAGGCAGACCUUCCUUUUAAGGCUAAAGGGAAUGUACGCAAACAUGUCUAUUUAUAAUAUCAAACAUGUCAUUUUUGUAAAUAUGCACCACCGUGAUGGGUGAAGACGGCUAGCGUUUUAUUUGUGUUUUUUUCUUUUCUUAAUGAUGUCUGUCAUACCUACAAAGGAGUCUUAGGGACACACUGGCAAGAAAGAGAUGCUUUCAGUUCGAAAAAAAAUUGUCAUUUUUUAAGGAAAAAGUCAUUUUUGAGAUUGGAAAGUGAUAUUACACGGUUUAUGUCAGAAUUUCAGGAGGGCAUAAAAACACUAACAAGUUCAUUAUUAUGCAACUUUGUUCUCGUAAUAUUCCGACAAGUGAAAAAUCAUGACUGUAAUCCUGUUAUAAUUUUGAAUUAAUUUAUUUUGAAAAAGUUUAGUUUCUUGAAAAAAGACGCAAAAACAACCUUGUUUUGUAAAUUCUUUUAUAAUGUCAACUUAAAAUAUUUUUUUCUUUUCUUGAAAAACAACUUAUUUCUCGAUUAAACUUAAGUGUUUUCCUUAGGGAAAAUCCAACUUUUUUGGGGGGGUAGUCCUCUUUAUAGAGGUUUUUUUCUCACUUUUUCCUGAAUAACUACAUUUUUCUUGAAAACGUAAUAAUUUUUUCUUUGAGAAAGAAAUGCAAAACAGAUUUUUCCUUUUUUUUUUGGGGGGGGGGACUUUUUUCUUCAAAAAUCCUUUUUCCUCCAAUGUUUUCAUAAUUUUUUUCUUGAAAAAAUACUUUUUUUUCCUGAAAUGAAUAACCUUCCCCUCCCCCCCUUGUAUGUGUAAUAUUUUUUUUCUUUACAAACUUUGGUAAGCAAAAUUGCACUGGCUUUAUUACGUUUGUCUUCUUAGCAUUUAAUCCGGUUUGAAAAGCUUCAAGUCGUUAUGCUAGGAUAAAGCUGAUGUGAAGAGUGAGCAAUUUGCACUUCGUUUGAAUGUUGGCGAGAUGUUUUAGAGGCUAAUUUUAUGUAGAAAUAAAUGAGGAAAAUAUAUGAAACAAAAUAUAUAACAUACCAUCCAUAGGCAAAACACGCAGCUUUAAAAGAUACCUAAAAACUGUAUCAAUAUAUAUCAUCAUAUAUUAUCACCUCCUAGUGGCUACUGUGUAUUUUCUACAUUUAAUUUUGGAUUUUUUUUUUUUUAAUGCACAUAAAUGUAACCAGCAGCAACAUUAUGUUAACAAGUGGCCUUUUUUAAUGUGUAGUCUUUAGACGUUUAGACAUUUUACUUGCAAAGUCUUAAGUCAUGUUUAUGUUCUAUUUUUAUUUGUACAACUUUAAGCAUUUAUACCAAAGUGUGUGGAGUAGCAAUGUUUUAUUUUGAAAUGUGUUGCAUUGGAAACACAUUUCAAAGUGAAACAGAGGUACUCUUAUUUUGAAGGGGUCCCAGUAAAAAGUCUUCCUGUUGUGCCUUUCCUAAAGGGUCAUGUGACCUGCCAACAACUUUGAUCCAUAAAAAUUACAAAAUAUGUUUUUGGAAUAAAUAAAGAGAU